AUGGCCUCCAACGGUGUAGCUUCCGGGCUCAGCCUAGAAGAUGUGUAUAGCCAGUUGAAGACGAUCCAGCAGAAGCAGGAUGAGCUCCUCUCUGUCGUGGAAUCCAUGUCCCACGGCAAUGCUCAAUCCUCCGCAGCACCCGGUCUGCGACCCUCUCCGGCAUUGCAACAGCAGAACGAACAGGAGAAUGAGGACGCCGCUGCCACAUCAGCUGCUGCUCUGGCCGCCAAGUCUACCGCGACGCCCCCUCUGCGUCCCACGGACUCCUCCGACUCCCCGGUCGGCAGUACGUCGCCGUCACAGGCUUCGCAAUUCUCGUCCCGCAUCAUCUUGACGACCUACCCUAAGCAAACUGGCAUCAAGCCCAUUCCGUUGGACUGGGGCGCUUCUGAACCUCUCCAACGUGGUCCAAUUGUGGUCUCGCGCUACUCGAGUACCAUCCGGAGACGUAAUGCUCAUGGAGGCUCUUAUUCCAUCUACUACGCGCUGGCUCUCGCCAGCAAGGAGCUGAAGGCUGAUCACCGGCCUGACUUCACCAACACGGAGCCCGCAGCCGAAAUUGGGCCCUUUCCUCAAUGGGGAGACAAGAAGAAAAUUGUAGCCAUGGACCCCUGGGGUCAUGUCGCCCCGUGGCUGUUUAAGGACCUGGUCGAAGGGGAGGACGUUGAUAUCCGACCAACCAUUGCCAUCACGAAGGCACACAUGAAGCUUCCCGAGUUGGAGGACAGUGUGCGCAAAGGGAGACUUGUGCCGGAUGGCAAGAUCUGUAAGAACGCUUCAGGCGAGCUUGCUGUGACAAAGUUUGCUGUCGAACCAGCUUGGUAUCUGCCCGGAGUGGCCGAGAGGUUUGGCAUUGACGAGGGUACUCUCCGAAGGUAUCUCUUCGAGUACACUGGCGGCAGCUAUCCCGAGCUGAUAACCCGUGGAGAUAUCAAAGUCUUCCUGCCACCCAUUGGCGGGUUGACCGUUUACUGCUUCGGCGAUCCAGCCAACAUGUCCGAUCCCAACAAGAAGCUCGCGCUACGGAUCCACGACGAGUGUAACGGGAGCGAUGUCUUCGGCUCUGACAUUUGCACCUGCCGGCCGUAUCUUAUUUUCGGAAUCGAGGAGGCCGUCAAGGAAGCCCAGAACGGAGGUAGCGGCGUUGUCAUCUAUUUCCGGAAAGAGGGCAGGGCUCUAGGUGAAGUCACCAAGUAUCUGGUGUACAACGCUCGGAAGCGUGGUGAGGACCGGGCAUCCGACUACUUCAAGCGUACAGAGAAUGUCGCCGGCGUGAAGGACAUGCGGUUCCAGGCCCUAAUGCCGGACAUCUUGCACUGGCUCGGUAUCACCAAGAUCGACAGGAUGUUGAGCAUGAGCAACAUGAAACACGACGCCAUCGUCGGCCAAGGGAUCCCGAUCCACGAGCGUGUCGAGCUGCCCGAGUCUUGGAUCCCUGCGGACUCGCGGGUCGAGAUCGACGCGAAGAUUACAGCCGGAUAUUUCACGACCGGCCAUAGAAUGACGUCCGACGAGCUCAAGGCCGUCCAGGGCAGGCUGUGGGAGGAGUAA